AAAACGCCUAAAUACACUCUCAUCGUAUCUACGUUCAUUUGCUACAUUAUUUGGCGACCGUGACAGGACUGCAGGAUGUGUGAUUUCGAGAUACUGAACAAAGAACGAGCAUUCUUGAGACAGGUGUUUCGGAAGAUUAUUACAAAUUUGGAAAUAGUCUUAAGUGGAAAAUCGAUCCAUAAAGAAGAGAUUGCCGUACUGCUUGAUCAACUAGAAGAGAAAGCUGAAAGAAUAUCAAUUUUGGAUGAAAAUAUCGCCGUAGAACUCAUGAGCGAUGAAGAAUUCGAAGUUGAAUGGGAAUCUGUUGAACUAUAUAGAAAUGAACUGAUCAGAUUCAAGGCAAAGGGAUAUUAUACACUCAAUAACCAUUCAAAGUCAUGAGUGUCAGUGGAGAGUCAAGUACAAAGAGAAAUUUUCGACUCCCAAGAAUAGAACUGAAGGAAUUCAAUGGUCAUGUACGUAGCUGGAUCGGAUUCUGGGGCCAAUUCAAAAAGAUCGACGAAGACGAGACCAUAGAUAAUAUAGAUAAGUUCGAGUACAUGCUUCAAGCAAUGGAAGAAGGGUCACAGGCUAGGAGUUUAGUUGAAAGCUUUUCACCAUCUGGAGAAAAUUAUGUGGAAGGCUCUGAACCAGCUCAAGAGCAGGUUUGCUAG